UCUCUGUUCUGCAGGGAACAUCUUUCACCUGAAUUGCAGCUUACUGCUAUGGACAGUGCUAUCACCCUGUGGCAGUUCCUCCUCCAGCUCCUCCAAGAGCCUCAGAACAAGAAUAUCAUCUGUUGGACCUCCAACGACGGGGAGUUCAAACUGCUGCAGGCAGAGGAGGUGGCCAGGCUCUGGGGAAUCCGCAAGAACAAGCCCAGUAUGAACUAUGAUAAACUCAGCCGUGCUCUCAGAUACUAUUAUGUGAAGAAUAUCAUUAAAAAAGUGAAUGGUAAGAAGUUUGUCUACAAGUUCGUUUCUUAUCCAGAGAUUUUGAACAUGGAUCCGCUGGUGGUGGGCAGGAUAGAAGGAGACCCUGAAAUGUCUGGCUUUGCAGAAGUCAGCAGUGCUCCAAAGGAUGUGGAAAACUGUGGGAAGGAGAAGUCUCAGUCCUGUGCAAAGUCCUCCAGCCGCAAUGACUACAUCCACUCAGGCUUGUACUCCUCCUUCACGCUCAACUCCCUCAACUCUUCCAGCGUCAAACUCUUCAGGUCCAUCAAGAUCGAGAAUCCAGCUGAGAAACUGACAGAGAAGAAACCUGCUCAGGAUCCAACCCCCUCUGUCAUCAAGUUUGUCACCAUGCCCUCCAAAAAGCCUUCCUCUGUCCCCCUGGUCUCUACCACUUCAGCAAUCUCUGCCACUUCCACUGCUUCUGCCACUUCAACCGUGCCCUCCCUUCCCAUGGGAUCGGAUGAGACUCUGCAGACCUUGGAGACCCUUGUACUACCCAAGUUAACUGUCCCUGAAGCUCCAGCACCUUUGCCAAACUUAACCACCAGCUUCACCCCCACCCCACCCAUAUCCUCAGUUUCUCCUACUCUGCAAGUUCCUUCCACACCCCCAUCGCCUCCCCUGAGCUCCAAUCCUGACCUGGACAUUGACACUGACAUCGAGUCUGUGGCAUCUCAGCAGCUGGAGCAGGCUCAGAGCCUUCAGCAUCAAUCCCCAGAGCCCAAAGAGCAGGAUUCAUCUGUGCUGGAGAAGGAAUUUGCCAACCACCUCUCCAGAUCUAAAAAACCCAAAGGGCUGGAGUUGGCUCCUACUUUGGUCAUUACAGGCAGUGAUCCAAGUCCACUGGGGAUUCUGAGUCCUUCUCUCCCAACUGCUUCUCUUACUCCAGCACUUUUCUCUCAGACUCCCAUCUUGCUGACCCCAAGCCCCUUGCUCUCCAGUAUCCACUUCUGGAGUACCCUCAGCCCAGUUGCUCCUCUCAGUCCUGCAAGGUUGCAAGGUGCUAACACACUCUUUCAGUUUCCAUCAGUGCUGAACAGUCAUGGCCCAUUUACUCUGUCUGGACUGGAUGGACCUUCAACCCCUGGCCCAUUUUCCCCUGAUCUACAGAAGACAUAG